AUGGAGGUUACCCUCGAAAAGUCUGCUUUAUUGAUCCAAGCCUCUUGGGCGCGGGUUCUAGAUUUGAGACAAGUCGAUAGCCAGGCGGGAGCCAAUCAUCAGCCUUCAAUAGACCCGUCAACUCCCGGCCAGUCAUUGCACUCUUUCUCAUCUGCUUGGACCGACACCCCAUGCUUCGCAGGCGCCAAUGGAGCGCAUCGCCCGACUUUGCCAUCAGGAUCAGACACCUCAUACUUCGCAGGCGCCGAUGAAUUUCCAGAGGAGCAUCACCUGACUUUGCCGUCAAGAUCAGAAUCUCGGCUUCCUUCUCCGACAAAUUUUCAGUUUGGCUCAAGCAACGGGAAUUCGGAUGCAUCGUUAGCCUUGCGGCCACCUGAUUUUGACUAUCAUGUCCCGCAAGACUUUCAAGCUAUGGAACAAUGGCUGGCAACACCCACGAACGUCCAGCAAUCUCUUGUCGAGUACUGGCACGACAGUGCUUCCCCCCUCAGUCACGACACCACACAUCUGGGUGAUGCCGACCACUUCUUAUCACAGCUUCCGGUAGAUAAUGUCAAUCUUAACGAACAAAACAAUUCACCGGAACCUGCUUCCAAGGUUGACGAGGACUUGAUGUCACAGCCGCUAGAGGCUUACCGCCAACAUCCUGAGGGAAACACACCAAACUAUCCUCAUGGCGUCGCGUCCAACUCCCUGCGACCGGUCUUUGAAAAUGUGGAGAACAAUAUGCAGUCGCACUGUAAGUCAUUAUAA